AUGUCUUCAACCGAGAAAACGCCCAAUAUCAAUCUCUACACAACCCAAACUCCCAAUGGCAUAAAGAUCUCCAUCACUCUCGAAGAACUCGGCAUUCCCUAUAAACCCCACAAAAUCGACAUAUCCCAAAACACCCAAAAGGAGCCCUUUUUCCUCGCCAUCAACCCCAACGGCCGCAUCCCCGCCCUCACCGACACCUUUUCCGACGGCCAAACGAUCCGCCUCUUCGAAUCCGGCUCAAUCAUGCAGUACCUCGUCGAACAAUACGACAGCGUCCAUCACAAGAUUAGCUACCCAGCCGGCUCGCGUGAAAGCUACGAAGUCAACAAUUGGCUCUUCUUCCUGAACGCGGGCGUAGGCCCCAUGCAAGGACAAGCGAACCACUUCUUCCGCUACGCCCCCGAGAAGAUCGAAUACGGCAUCUCGCGGUACCAGAACGAAACCCGCCGCCUGUACAGAGUCCUCGACCAACAUCUCUCGACCUCUUCAUCCGGCUACCUCGUCGGCGAGAAGUGCACAAUAGCAGACAUCGCGCACUGGGGCUGGGUCGCAGCCGCCGGAUGGGCGGGCAUCGAAAUUGAUGAGUUCCCGCAUUUGAAGGCGUGGGAGGAUCGGAUGUUGGCGAGGCCGGGGGUGGAGAGGGGGAGGCAUGUGCCGAGUCCGCAUCGCAUGAAGGAGAUGAGUAAGGAAGAGAUGGAGAAGCAUGCGCAGGAGAGUGCGCAAUGGAUCCAGAGGGAGCAAGCGAAGGAUGCGAAGAAAGAGUGA